AUGUCUUGGCAAGAAUUAAAAAAAAAUAUACUUUGGCCAAAUUUUUUUUUUAUGUUAACUCUUCACGCAUUAUUUUUAUAUUACGCGAUUAUUUUUCCGUACUUAGAAUGUAAAAUUUUAUUAGCAUGGGUAUUAGUCACGUUAGUACUAGCAGAGUUUGGUGUAACCGCUGGAGUACAUCGGCUCUGGUCGCACAGAGCUUACAAAGCCAAGCUACCUCUCCGGAUCAUCCUGGCUGCUCUGUAUCAUUCUGCUGCUCAGAAUAGUAUUGUAAGCUGGGUAAGGGAUCACAGGGUCCAUCACAAGUACGCAGACACCCCAGCAGAUCCGCAUGACAGCAGUCGCGGGCUCUGGUUCAGUCAUGUCGGGUGGUUGGUGAUGAAGGAGCAACCAGAAGUAAGUCAACGUCGAGCUGAAGUUAACAUGAGUGAUGUCUUGGCCGAUCCAGUGGUCAGGUUUUUUGAGAAGUACCACGUUCCGCUGAAGAUACUUUUAGCGUUCGUUAUUCCAAUCUUCAUUCCGGUUUAUAUUUUUAAUCAAAGCUUCAAAUGGUCAUUGAUUUCUCAAUUGCUGAUUCGAUAUCCGAUGAAUUUAAAUAUCACUUGGACUAUCAACAGCUUUGCUCAUAAAUUUGGGUAUCGCAGCUAUGACAAAUUAUUAAAAUAUAAAAUCAGCUGACAAUUUUUGGACAAACUUUCUUACUGGAGGUGAAGGUAUUCACAAUUUUCAUCACGUCUUCCCGUGGGACUAUAAAGCCUCUGAAUGGAAGAGUUUGUUUUCUAACACAACAACCUGGAUUGAUAUGUUUGCUAAAAUUGGAUGGGCUUAUGAUUUGAAACGCGCUUCUCCAGAGUAUAUAAAGCUUGUUGUAGAGAGGAGAGGUUAUAAUAUCAGAAAACAAACGAUUUGGAUUGAACGUGAA